AUGUCAAAUAAUAAUAUUUCUAUGGAAGAAUAUAAUUCAUUACAUAAAUUACUUUUAAAUGAAUUAAAAAUCACGACUAUAAAAGAAACUGUAGCAGCGCAAUCAAACACUGCAAUUUCUGUUGCAGCAAUAACAGAAGCUCUUUCAUUAAUGACGGAAAAACAACAGAAACUUCAGCGGUCCUACCAACAAUACCAACACGAACAGCAUUUUAUUUUACUUCAAAACGUGUCAUUGGAAGUUAUGUUCCUUGAGCACAUGGAGCAAGGGAAUGCCCAAAUGUAUGAGAAGAUAUCAAAUAAGCUCUUCAAGACUAUAAAAAAUACUGGAGGUUUUUUAAAUGACAUUGCCGGAAAUGAACCACUUGCAUUACCGAAUAUGUUAUGGUUUGGAAUAUUGGAUCUUGCGCAAAAUCUCAUUUAUACAAUUGAGGUGAUGUUACACUUGAAAAAUAUAAACGGGGUAUCGUUUUCAAUGACGGAAAUUGAUUUCAAUCAGUACGCGCAAAAAUUAUAUGAAAUCAAUUCAAAUAAUGGAUCUUCAGAAAGAUUUCAAUGUUUAUUAUCAUUUGUAAAAGAAAAAUGUCAUCAAGACUUAAUUAUGUUAAAUGAUGAUAUUGGAAAAGGAAAAAGGAAAAUGUUUAGACAAAAUACAUAUUUUAAAGAGCAAACAUUAAAUUCCCGUAAGAUAUUGGAUAUUAUCACAGAUGAAAUGACUUGUCCUAUUAGUCUUGCGCUAGAAGAUCAAUUUUAUCUUUUAAAAUGUCAACAUAAAAUAUCAUACAAUACAUAUAACAAAUUAAGACAAAAAAAGUGUCCUAUAUGUCGGGAAAGGAUUGAAGAUAAUGAUGUCAAAUUCGUAUUAUGA